AUGGCCGGAUUGGGGAAACAAGGAGCUGCUAGGCGUGGUGGAGGACAACUAUCAGUACUGCUUCCGGUUUCAUUACCAUCUGAUAAACAGACACAGACUGGUGCUAAUGGUGGUACAUUGCCACUUGCACAAGAGUCUCAUGGUUCCAUGAGUGUAAAUAAUGUUCCUUUGCCAGAGGGACAUGUCGAACAUAAUGUUGAGUUGAGAUGCAUUGUUCGGAAGCAUGCACCUCUUCAAGUGACAAAAUGGGCAAAGAUUGACAAAGCCGAUCGGGAGAGUUUACUCCAAAUGGCCAAGUUUGAAGAACAAUUGAUUUCUGGUGAGGAGCCUUACCAAGAACAUGUGCCUGAUGAGGUUUUUGAAUCAAUGGAAAUUGAUGAAAUGCCAUCAUUAGAAAGAGAUGAUAUGAUCCCAUUAGGAUGUACUGAUGUAGAUAAUAUAUUUCAUGAACAACCAAUGGAAAAUGUAGAUGAAGAAGAUAACAACUUCAUUAAUGAAAGUGAUAUCGAGGAAGAUUAUUGGAGUGAUGAUAUUCACAAAGAUGAUACAUUUAGUAAUGACGAAUGUGAAUCUGACUAA